AUGGCUACGGUGCUGUCACGGGCGCUGAAGCUGCCGGGAAAGAAGAGCCCAGACCUUGGGGAAUACGAUCCCCUCACUCAGGCUGACAGCGAUGAAAGUGAAGAUGAUCUGGUACUCAAUAUCCAGAAGAACGGAGGGGUCAAGAACGGGAAGAGUCCCCCCGAGGAGGUGCAGGACCCUGACUCUGACGUGGAGGUUGGGAUGACAAAGCAGCACACGUCAGAGAGCGCACCUGAGGGUUAUCCUGCAGAGACAGCUGGGAGUUUGGAGCAGAAGGCUGCUCCCUCCCUCAUGCCAUACCUGCGCACGGCCAUCUUUUUGCUCACUGUGGUGAUCUCGAUGAUUCUUGUGUUGGUGUGCGCUUUUCUAAUUCCUUGUCCCCCUAGAGACUUGCAUAACACCUGGAACCGCAACCUAGGUCAGGGAGCAGGUGGUGUGUUAUCCCCACUGGAGCUGUGUGAUGUGAACGGAGAUGGACUCCCUGACAUCCUCAUUGUCUUCACUGCCUUGAUGAAUGCUAGUGUCAUAGGUGUCUCUAAGCCCUCUGUAACUGCCAUGGCCCUUUCUGGGAUGAAUGGCAGCACCUUGUGGUCCAUCCAGCUUCCGGAGGAGACUCAGAGUGUGCAGUGCAAAGUGCUGUCACUGGGGGCAGCUGCAGAGCCCGUUUGCCUUGUUACAGGAACAUCAAAAUUCCUCAGCCUGCUCAGUGCCUCCACAGGCAAGACCAUUUGGACGCUGAACUCCAUCCACCUUUCAAGUGGGAUCCUGGCUGCACCAGCCGCAACUCUUCCAGAUAUAGACGGAGAUGGGAUCAGGGACAUUGUUGUUCUGGCUCUCCAGGAGACACAGCCUGAUGUGGUUUUCAUCUUGGUAUCAGGAAAGACUGGGACUGCUUUGGGUGGGCCUGUCAAGUACAGCACCAACGGAGAAGGGAAAGUGAUUGGCCCCCAAGUCCACAUCACCAGCCGGGGAGCCAUCUAUAUCCUGUUUGGCUUUGGUAAUGUUCAAGCAGUUGCCCUGAGGGAUAUCUUUACCCAAGCCAGAAACCGGGACAGCUCUCCUGCAAUGCUGCAGCAGGAGGAGCCCGAGUGGGAAAAGCGCAGAUCUGUCAACCUGUCAGAGCUCAUUGACAUUUACAGUGGUGGUGUUGACUUCCUGCAGACAAUGAAGACACCUGACACAAACUGCAGCAACCUUCUCAUCACGACCAAAGAGGGUUUGAUCCUACUGCAGGGACAGGACCUGGAGCCCCGCUGGACCCUGGAGCUGCGCAACAUCAGCAGUCAGCCUGUGCCUGGUUACUUUGGUGCUGACCAAACUCUGGACUUCAUGCUGCAAGCACAGACCGGCGAUGGGAACAAAAAGGUGGUGGUGAUAGAUGGCAAAUCCGGGCUCCCUCUUUGGAACCAGAAACUCCCGUGGCAGAAGCAACAACUCGAUGCACUGUCAGUCAUGACUUUGGACAAGAAGUCUGUUUUUCUCUUCUGGGCUGAUGAAGCACAGCCUAUGUUACAAACUUCGCAGCCUGGUCCCAGACCUGAGCGCCCAGCGCUGCACCACCUCUAUCUCCUCCAUCCUGUUUUUCCUACAGUCCUUUUGGACCUCACCAAUGCAACAGACAAAGUCAUUGCUUCAGCAGUUGGAAUUAACGAUGUCCAGAAGGAUGCAUUUCACAUCACUGUGACAACAACUGCAACCUCUGAGAAGCAGCCAGGAUUUCUCUCAGUCAGCAAGCUGGGCCUGAAGUGGGCCAUGAUGAGUCAAGGCCGAAUGGUGUGGCUGAAGGACACCACCACUCCCAAAAUCAGCCGUGGAGAAGUGAGGCGAUUUCUUGCCCGGCUCAAGUUUGUUGACUUUCCUCAGAAGCUCUAAGCCGGUGGUUCCUCAGAUUUUGGUUGGACCUGUGGCCUGUAUGGGGAAUACAGGAAGCUGCUCCGAGAAUCUUCAGGAAGACUGCUCUGUAGAGGGAACAGGGGCUGAAAGCACUUACCCUUUCUUCAGCUCUCUGGGGAAUGCUGCUGGAGGCAGGUUUGUCCCAGGCAGACCUGACCUGUACCAGAAGAACCAUGUUCAGCAUCUCCCCUCCAUGUGCUGUUCUUGCAUGCUUCCUUCCAGGUAACACAGAAAUGUGAAUUUAGAAUUUAUAUAAAUAUAUAUAUAUAUAAAACCGGGGUUUAUAUAUAUAUAUAUGUGUGUGUGUAUGUAUGUAUGAAUUUAUACAAUAUAUGUAUAUUUUUUGUAUGUUUAACUUAUGAAUGAGAUUUAGGACACACCUUUUUAUGUCCAAACAGUAUUCCCAGGCAGUCAAACAAGCUCUAGGCCUUGAGUGGGCCGUGAUGACUCAAGGUAAAUGGUGUAGCCAAAGGACACCAUCUGCUUUAGUGUUUAUAUUUUUUGAGAGAAGCCUCUGUCUGGCUCCUGCAAGGCUAGUCUUGUCUACAACCUUUCCUGUGCUCUCAAUUUCCUUCUGCAUUCUGUCCUUAAACUCACAGACAGACUAGCUCUGUGGCUGAAUUACCUGAUCUAAAGAAAGAUGGUCCCUACACUAUUUGCCAGCCCUUGCACUUGUGUAUUUCUUUCCCCAGUCCCAAGUUCAGGACCGAUUUGUGUGGGUGAUGUAGCAGCAAAAGGUUCACAUCUUGUUUCUGUCCAUCACUUAUGUUUUUUAUGCAUCCAGAGUGUCACUGUAACAUCACACUGCAGUUCAGUGGGCUGACUCCCCCUUUGCAAAUGCAUCACAGCCCUUUUGGGAUAGAUUCCCAGCAGAUCUCCAGUGGCACUGUAAAGAUAGAUCCUGUCACAGCAAAGCUGAUUCUUGCAACACUGCUUCAGGAUUUAGAGGCUCAGACAGAGGCAGAACUGGAAAGCUUUUCUGUGUGUUUUACUCCUGUUCUGGGCUGGCCAAUACCAUUCUCUUGCCAGCCCAGCCCUGUGUGCAAUUCCAGGGGGAACAGGCGCAUUUGCUCACACGGUGUUUAGUGCUUUGAACUGUGCCUGUGAGUGUGCCAUAAGUCUCCCAUGUUAUAGAGCAUCUACAUGAAUUUUCUGGUAUAGAAAGCAACCACUUUGGUGCCCCAGCAGCUCCCCACAGCACAGGGCAACAAAUCAGGAGCUGUUUUCCUCGUAUGCCUUUCUAGGUCUGACCUUUGACAGUAGUCAGAGUUGGGCCACGAUGGGAAUUGCAAAGGACUCUUCUGUCCUCCUGCUGACACGUGCCCCUUUCCAGCCUCCCUGCACUUCCCUGGGAGUGCUGAGGUGAUGGCAGGACUUUGACCCUUCCUCCAGAUGGGCACAUUUCCCAUGGGUUUGCUCUCCUGGGUCCUUGACACCUCUCCCUGCUGUAUGACCUGCUCUCUUCUCUGUCCCUGCAGCUCCAUAUAAAGCUUCCAGGAUGGCCCUCCAGAAUUAGCUGCAAGCCCUAAGGCUGGUCCUUGGGCCCCGCUCUCCUAAUGUCAGAGCCUGUGAACAGUUUGUAUAUGUUUAAUAGUAUUUUUGUGUAAAUAGCUUUGUAUAUAUACAGUUUAGCACAACUGUAGCAGCGUCUCUAGGCCUGGCAUUUUCCUCCAGACAGGGGUUAGUGUUGAUACAGUUAAUACAGCUGCAUAAUAGGGUCUAAAAGUGUGAGGACCAGUAAGAUACGAGAAUUGAACAGGAGUGCCCCUUCCCUCCUGUAUAGCCACCACCUUGCUGGGAAAGGUGAAAUGGCUGUUACCUGACGUAGUUGUUAUCCUGAGGUUCUUGCUGAAAGAACCACUAUUCAAGUGCAGUGACAUUAGCUCCUCCAUAAUGUGAAUUCCCCCUGCCUGCACACACACACAUCCCCACUGUGAAUAAAGAGUCUGUCUGUAUAUUGUUGGGAAAAUGUAUUUGAACUGUGAACUGCAGUGGAGCAAAUAAAUACUGUGUACA